UACAACACAACACAACAACAAUGGUGCCGCCCAAGUUGCCGACACUAUCUGCGGUACGGAGGCAGCAUAUAUUGGUGGAAUUGUAGGAACAUUCCUCAUUUCUGUUCCCAUCUUCGUCCAUGAAAUCAUGCUGAUGCUUGACCUGUAGCUCCAGUCUCAAACAUGCCUGCCCACAUGGAGUCUUCAUGAGUCUCACUCCUGGUGAUGUGACCCUCUGGUCCGGUGUAUUAUUUAUACGGAAAGGUAUUUGAGACGACCCUUUUGCCGUGCGGUGCGCAAAAACACGCCAGAGCUAAGAUACGACGUCCAGGCCCAUAUGCGCCCGCCAUUCUGCGAUUUCAGAUCUCUUUCCCGCCCAGCUACCCCUCUCUACCACCCCUCGUCACCUUCUCGACCGAUAUCUUCCACUCCCUUAUCACUCCUCUUACGACAUACAUGUACACAACCGACAUACAAGAUUCUGGCACGGUUUCGGCAACGGAUGAGGAGCGGUUGCCUCCUGGUGGAUUUUCGCUCCGGCAUGGCUUCCCGGCCUGGUUUGGACGCGCCAAUAGAAGAUCAGUGGAGCGGACUCAAGGCGACAGUUUACAGACACCUAGGAAAGCCAAUAGUGGCGUGGAGAGCCCAGGUUCUCUCCUUUCUGGAAGAAGCUCAAGUCCAACAGCUGGUCAGAACACCGGUGGCAGCAGGAGCACAGCGAGUGAGCCGGGUAGGAGGGAUAUCACCACCUACGAGGUUCUGAGGUACAUUAAAAGCUCUUUCGAUGACGAUCAGAUCAUGGAUGACAUACCUCUGGAGGCAGCUGGGAACCCUGGGGCCUGGCAUGCUUGGAGAACUCAUCGUGCAAAGCUGGCAAUGACCGCCGUAACUGAAGCAGGAUCCACGCCGACUACCAAUCAGGGAAAUCUGAUGUCACCAAGAAUCACAUCACCAACUGCAGCGAGGAAAGCUGGAGAUUGGAAUUGGGACGGAGUCUGGGAAAUUCGAGUAAAGAAAGGGGUUGAAGCCAGUGUUUCUGAGGCUGUACUGUACGGAACUUCAACCGGGGAUGAUCUGAUACAAUUUCUCCAUAUGGAUGAAGAUCAGAGUGAAAAAAUUAAAGAAAAUGUCCAAAGAAGUUUGGAGACAGUUGAGCCACAACGGAGAGGAAUUGUUUAA